AAAUAUUGCGAGUAAAUAAUGGCUGAUAGUCAAUUAAAUAUGCUAGUGGUUAUUUAUUUGCAAAUGAAUUUAUAAGAAUAUUUCAAAUUUUAUUCGUUCACCAUGAUAACAGAUGCAAACGUGUCUUAUGCGGCUGCCUCUGUUUGAUGCAUGUCCAUAAAGUGAUAAAGUGGGGAUUCGGUUGUAAACAUUGUACUUGUUGGCUCGGAAAGAAUGUUUCCACUGCCAAAAAUGAGUGGAGAACUGAUGUUUCUAACCAAGAUUUGUUUCAUAUUACUUAUACUGGUGGUUUUAUACGGGCUUGCCAAGGCUGAUAAAGAAAAUAUAAUUGAAGGUCCUGAUGCUUUUGAGUUUGGAAUUGCCUCUGAGGCAAAUAAAACAACUCAGAGAAGUCUGUCAAAAUUAGAUUUAAGAAGCAUCCUUAUCAUUAUUAGAAGUCAGCAUUACAAGUAUCACAAACGAAAAGCUAUAGAACUGAAAAAGAAUCUUCUGUACCAGGCAGAGCAACUAAAUGGAGAGAAAAAUAAAUUAGAUGUCCUAAUGACACAUGAAAAUUGGUGUCCAUAUGGCUCUUGGACAAUAUUACCAAUCAUCAAAAUUAUUUCUAGGGAUUACUCAAAAGGAAAGAAGUGGGUGUUUUUCUGUGAAGAUACAACAGAAGUGAAUCUUGAAAAACUGCUGCAGGUUUUGGAGUCAUACCAAGAUAAUAAGGAAUGGUUUCUUGGCCAUGCAUUAAGAGACACAGAACCAGCCAUUAUUCACCACUUUGCUUUCUUUGAAGACCCUUCAAAGUUUUCGUUCCCCAAUUUUUGGGCAGGAUGGGCAAUAUCAACUCCAUUGCUAAAUUGGUUGCAAAAACGGUUGGAAGAGGAUAAACCCACAAUGGACUUCUCUAUCGAUGUUCAGCAUGAGAUCGCAAUGUAUAUUUAUAAAAAAGGCAAAGGAUUUAACUUGACAAAUGUCAAAGAAUUCUGUAUCAACAAACCUCUUCAGGACUCCUCCUGUGCUACAACUGUAAACAAACAAACUCCUAACUGUGGCCAGGUUUCCAGUGAUGACAUACUGGUCAGUGUAAAAACAUGUGAAAAGUUUCAUGAAGAAAGACUGCCGAUUAUUCUUAAGACUAUUGGCAGAAAAGCAAAGCACAUUAAAUACUACAGCGAUAAAGCAGAUACUAAGAUACCUACUGAAUUCAUUGGGGUGAAAAACACCGAGAGUGGACACUGUACAAAGCUUUAUAACAUUAUUAUGAAGGCACACACGGAAGAAGGUUUAAAGACAAAGCCUUGGCUUGUGAUUAUAGACGAUGACACGAUCAUAAGCUUUUCUCGGCUACAACGAGCACUAGCGUGCUACGACCCAAAGGAUCCAAUUCUGUUAGGAGAAAGGUAUGGAUAUGGGAUCAAUUAUAACUCGUUUGGUUAUGAGUACAUUACCGGAGGAGGAGGAAUGAUUCUUAGUCGUCGUGGCAUAGAAUUACUGGUAAAAAGUGGUUGCCGCUGUUCGUCCGAUGAUUCCCCGGAUGAUAUGUGGCUAGGCAUGUGUUUCAGGAAUAUGGGCAUUCCCUCAGUACAUAAUCCUUCCUUCCAUCAGGCCCGGCCGUCCGAAUAUGUCCCAGAAUUGCUGCAGCAUCAAUAUUUGGUUUCUUUUCAUAAACAUUAUUUAAUUGAUCCAAUGAAUGUUUAUAAACAGUAUUUGAAAGAUGAUUGAAUAGCAUUGUCUUUGAAAUGAAUACAGCCAAAGUAACCCGUUAAGAUUCCAAAGAAAAUGAGUAUGUUCGGUAAGAAAAAUGUUGCUCUACUCCGAAAUAAGUUAAUUUAUCGUUAGAUUUUGAGUCAGCUCUGCAUUGACGUUAAACCUUUUGAUUGUUCGAAAUACUGUUAGGUUAACCCAGUUUUAUUUGAAAUUUUAAAAUUCCUUAGCCUUUUUUGACCAUUCCUCAUAUCUGAAAAAUCCUUUGUUUUUAUACCUUAGAAUGCGUGUCAGGUAUUGAAAACAGCCUUUUCUAUUUUUUCGGUUUUAUCUCCAAAACAGAAACUCAGUUUAGAACUGCAAAAUCAGAGACUAGCUAAACAUCAAGAGCUUUUCAAUAUCCUACACGAAAACAGUUUAACCAGUCUACUGUGCUUAAAUAUCUUAUGCAUGUGUAACCCCAAACUCGAUGAUAUUUGAAGAACAAGGUGCCAUGUAAGCAUAAAAUCUUUAAGCAGACUUGCAGCGCAGUACUAUGUCAAGCUAAAACCCCAAAAUUCACACGCCUGAUGAGUUAAUCUGACAACUGGUCCAGUAUUCAACUCUUUUGAUGAGUUAAAAAUUGACAUCGUUCAUUUCCGUACCCAUCCGUCCCAUUUCAAUACUUUUUCCCAUGGUCCUUUUCUCUCCUCCGAUUAAUCCUGGUGACGCAGUUUCCCAAAAAAGUCUUAUUAAUAGACAUUGUCAUGAUACAUUAAUAAUACCAUUACGAAAGCUUCUAUUAAUUAUUAUGAAAAUUCCUAUUGGGCUAUUUUAUGUUGUUGUGUAUAUGUGUUUCAAAAACAGAAUUAAUUGUUAAUAGCGUGACAAGGUACUCUGUCAAAGCAUAUAUCUAAUGUUUUGCGUUUAAAUUAACUAUUAUUGAAUCAAGCUAUCUAUAUUUUUAAUUUAGAGGAAUAUUGUUCCAGCUCAUAGUAGAGUAUAUUUAUUUCAAAAUAAGAUCUGGGCUGCGUUUUAAGAA